AACAAAAAAAGCUGCACCGAGAGAAGAAUGGUUGGCUGAUAGACCGAAUCGAUUCAUCUGAUAAAGUGACUAUAUCUCUGUUUCAUCUCCAAAAUACCACGCUUGCUAAAUUCAGGAAGUUUGAUGCCAUCUGUUUUUGAUUUAUUUGUAUGUUAACAGCUAUGGUGGCCUGUUAGGUUGAAGCCCCUUUUUUUUUCUUGGUCACUAAGUUACUUUAAAAAUUGAAACACGCUGAAUUGAACGAUGUCAGCUGAGUUUAUGUAGUUGUUUAACCAGCCACGUUGUGUCGGAGUUUGUGGCACGUGCUCGGUUAACGCUAUCGGAGCGCGAGCAAGGCACGCGCACACGCACGCGCUCAUCGCCCUAGGACACCGUCCAGGAGAACCGGAGAGAGAGAGAGAGAGAUACAGCCAAGAGAUGGAGUUCGAGGAGUCCGGUAUCGGGGAAGAGUGCGGGGUUUUCGGCUGCGUGGCUGCAGGAGAGUGGCCCACUCAGCUGGAGGUGGCUCAGGUGUUGACUCUGGGACUCGUGGCUUUACAGCAUAGGGGUCAGGAAAGUGCCGGGAUUGUCACAAGCAAUGGAGCCAGUCCACCAACAUAUGCAGCCCACAAGGGGAUGGGAUUAGUGAGCACUGCUUUCUCACCCGAGGCUCUUCUGAAGCUGCGCUAUGGUAACCUUGGUAUUUGUCACACACGCUAUUCAACUACUGGGAUCUCAGAGUUGCAGAACUGCCAGCCCUUUGUGGUGGAUACACUUCAUGGCAAGAUUGCUGUAGCACACAACGGAGAGUUAGUUAAUGCUGACGCUCUGCGCAAAAAGGUGAUGCGGCAUGGUGUAGGCCUGUCCACCAGCUCUGACAGCGAGCUCAUCACUCAGCUGCUGGCGUUUACUCCACCUAUGGAGGAGAUGGAUGCACCAGACUGGGUUGCCAGGAUUAAAAAUCUGAUGACUGAGACCCCCACAUCGUACUCUCUGUUGGUGAUGUACAAAGAUGUUGUCUACGCUGUGCGCGACCCUUACGGAAAUCGACCCCUGUGCAUCGGCCGUGUUGUUCCCAUCUCUAAACUGCACAGUCCAGGUGCUGGAGAGGAGGACACUGAGGGGUGGGUUGUUUCAUCAGAGUCCUGCAGCUUUCAGUCCAUUGGUGCUAAGUAUUACAGAGAGGUCCUACCAGGAGAGAUAGUCCAGAUAUCAAAGCAUGGGGUCAAGUCUCUGAGUGUUGUCCCUCGCCCUGAGGGAGACCUUCCUGCCUUCUGCAUAUUUGAAUAUGUUUACUUUGCCAGACCAGACUCUAUUUUUGAAGGACAGAUGGUCUAUACUGUCAGGCAGCGCUGUGGACGGCAGUUAGCCAUCGAGGCUCCAACAGAUGCAGACGUGGUCAGCACUGUGCCAGAGUCUGCAACCCCUGCUGCCCUGGGUUACGCUCAGCAGUCUGGGCUGCCGUAUAUAGAGGUUUUGUGUAAGAACCGCUACGUCGGCAGAACAUUCAUUCAGCCAAAUACCCGCUUAAGGCAGCUUGGAGUUGCCAAGAAGUUUGGGGCAUUGACAGACAACUUUGCAGGGAAACGAGUGGUUCUAAUUGACGACUCCAUCGUCCGAGGCAACACCAUCUCCCCCAUUAUAAAACUGCUGAAGGAAGCUGGUGCAACAGAGGUCCAUAUCAGAGUUGCCUCUCCACCCAUCAGGUUUCCUUGCUACAUGGGCAUCAACAUUCCUACAAAGGAGGAGCUCAUUGCCAACAAGCCAGAGUUUAAGGACAUUGCUGGAUACAUCGGUGCUGACAGUGUUCAGUAUCUGACUGUGGAGGGGUUGGUGUCAGCUGUCCAGGAGGGAAUCGCCUCCCUCCAGGAGAAAGACACAAUCGGCUCCAACAAGUCCAGCAGGAGAGUGGGUCACUGCACCGCCUGUCUGACUGGGAAAUAUCCAGUGGAGCUGGAGUGGUAACUGCUGACCUACAUCAUGACGGAGCAGCAACAACACUGGAUUUACUGCAAACUCCCACAGCUGAUACAUGUUAGUCUAAAAUUGUCUGUAGACUGGAAAAGAAGUGGCCAGGCAUCUCAAUACUAUCUGGGACACUAAAAGAUGUAUUAAAUACACAACUACAACUAUGCUUCUCUUGAGGGUCACAAUCCUGCUCAGAUCCUUAAACCACAGUUACAAAUGUUGUGUUUACUGACCUCCAGUGGCUGUAGUGAUGUAAUGUAUCCUGGUGUGACUCCAGGUGCAACAGAGCACAUCUGACCACACAUUUGUUUUGUUUGUUUGUUGUGAAUGUUAUCAUGUAAAUUAAUUUUCAGAAAUCUUGGCGUUCCACACAUCUUCACAUUCCCAGACUUGACAAAACACAAGCAUUAGAUGGUCUGCCACGAAAAAAACAUGCGCACAAGCCUAGAGACCAAAAGAGAAACUGUCUUUAUUUUAUAAUCAAUUUAAGUUUUUUUGACUUUUUCCUAAAAUUAACCACUUUGCUCUAUUGUUGUGGUUUUGACUGUUGGAUAUUUUGUUGCUUUAACAUGAAAUGUGUAUAAUGGGAAAGAAUAAAAACACAAUAAACAGGUUGAAUACACUAAGAACAAGUAUUAAGUGGACUUUUUUCAGAAACUGGAUUUUCACAUUUCACAAAAAAACUAUACUUUAA